AGCUCCAGUCUGACAGCAAAACCCGCCCAGCAGCGUGUGUGUGGGGGGGAGGGGCACGAUGUGUGGGUGCAAGCAGGUAGGCAAGCGGGCCGGGACUCGCCGCGGUCCUAGCGGCUAUGCCAUGGCGACCUCGCCUCGCAGCUCCCUGCAGCGAGGGUGGCUGCAGGUCCCGCAGUAGAGGGUGCUCUUGCCGCAGGCCACCACCCUAUCGCAGCCGCACGUGGUGGACUGCGACAUGAGGGUGGUCGAGCAGGCGUAGCUGAUCUUGGUGCCGCACAUGGUUGCGUGGUCUCGUGAUUCUUCUGCUCUUCACCUAGGGGGGUUGCUAAGAGCCGUGUCAGCAAUGGGUCAUCUGAUGAGAUGGAUGGGAUCGCAGGUAUGCUUAGAUAUACACGCAGUGGACCAGGUGGACGUACAAUACAGUAGCGGAGACUGUCGACACGGUGUCGCCAAGGAGUCUGGGACAAGGGAGAUAGUCGUGCCGUUCCGCUGUUGCGGGGAGUGGUGUCUGGGGGAGGCUCGGAUGGGUGGCGAAGGUGAUCUGGGGUUGAUGAUCAACUGGGGUCUUUGCUGUCACCCCCUGCUCGUGACGGGGUUGCCGCCGGUGGCUGAUAUAACUGUCCGUCGAAGCGGGUUCUUGGCAUGGAGCGGAAGUUGCCGAGCUGUUUCUAUAUAUGUCCUGGGUGUGCCGUGGCGGCGUGUUUGUCUUGUAUUGUCUUGUCUUGUAGCCAAGUGGCAGCGGUGUGAGUGCGUAUGAGUGAUGGUAUCUCAGGCGCGGAUUCUGCCGGAUGCUGCAUGCAUGUGUUGUUGGGGGUUUGUGGUAGAUUUUUUUCCUUUUUUAAUUCUCCAAAUUUCAGCCCAACGUAAAAAUGAGUCGUCGAGCUGUCGGUUCGGCAGGAGAGAUGGGUGCUUG